AUGGCGGCCGGCAAGUUUGGCGAAGAUUCUUGGCGAAAAGCAUUAUCUUCUGUUGCGACUUUAUUUAACAUUGAAAGUUUGUAUCCAGAACAAGAGGAAGCAAUAAAAGCAUUUUUUGAAAGAGAUUUGAAUCUUUUUGUUAGCUUGCCGACUGGAGCAGGGAAAUCUCUAAUAUUUCAGAGUUUGACGGUCGUGUUUGACUCGUUGUUUGGUAACCCUCGAGGAACAAGCGUUCUUGUUGUCAUAUCACCACUUAAAGCGUUGAUGAAAGACCAAGUGGAAUAUUUGCAGAAUCUUGGUAUACCAUCUGUGGCUGUCGUUGACGAGUUAUGUUCUGACCCAGACACCAUUCAGCUAGUUAAAAAUGGUGUUUAUACAGUCGUUUAUGGUUCCCCAGAAUGCUUCCUGUCAUCAGAGACGUGGAGAGAUAUAUUUUCAGACACGGAGUUCACGUCGAAAGUUGUGGGAGUAGCUAUUGAUGAAGCUCAUUGUAUUGUUCAGUGGGGCUUGUCUGCAGGAAACAAAAAAAUCCCCUUCAGAAAGAUGUGGAUCAACUGUAUACUGUUGAGCAGAACCCAAAUAGAAUGA